AUGGACAACUCUUACAAGAUGGCGAGCUCAGACGUGGAAUAUUACGACACGGAGACCGUCACGGCGGACGAUGACAGCUUGACCAAUUCCACGACGAACAUGUGCGAAAUGCCAGGGUCCGCAGCACUGUCGUCGACACCGUUUGUGGCGCUCGUUGUCGUGUUGUACGGCGUCAUAAUGCUGGGGUCGGUGGUGGGCAACGGGCUCGUCGUGUACACCAUCACGGGGAACAGAGCAAUGCGCACAGUGACCAACCUGCUGCUGCUGAACCUCGCGCUGGGCGACUUGCUGCUUACGCUCGUGUGCAUUCCCUUCGUCGCGCUGCCGGUGCUCAUCUUGCAGCACUGGCCCUUCGGCCUGCUGCUGUGUCAGCUAGUCAGCUGCGUCCAGGGUAUCGGCGUGCUGGUGAGCGCGUACACGCUGAUCGCAGUGAGCUUGGACCGCUACCGGGCUCUCCGCUGGCCGCUGCGCGCGCGGCUCGAGGUUCGCGCCGACCGAGUGGCAUCAGACCUGUAG